AUGUUACACCGUAGGUUGUUAACUACGGUCCCAGAAGCUAUUUUGAAACCUUUUAACCUGGUUUUCCGGUGUUAUGGAAGCACGAGUAAUGAAGUUGCUUUACGACAAGAAAUGUCUCUCAAGGAAGAGUGGAAAAGGCGAACUGCACUGCGCGCACCAAAGAUCCAAAGAUUUGAAGUGAUGAAACCGAAAAUGUUUUAUGCUCCAGAUUGGGAACUUGGUGAAAAUCCAGAUAAAAGCGAAGGAAUACCUGAUCCUUUAACUAAGUACGGGACAACUCCAGAAAAAUGGGAAUAUUAUAAUACGGUUGUUUGGCCCCCUGGUUUUGUUGUUCCUGAGACAGGGUUUGCGAAACGUCGAGAGGUUUACCACUGUAAACAGUCAGUUCACUGUCACCCUAAGAAAAUCUUUAAAGCCUGUCAUUUAGUUAGGAGAAGGAAUGUCGACGACGCACUUGUUCAACUAGAAAAGUCGCUCACCAGGGCUGCAGCUAUAAUGCGUGAAGUUUUGAUUGAAGCCAAAAAGAGAGCAAAAGAAGAAUUUUAUAUAGAGUUCCCAUCCGAAAUGCACGUCGCAGAGGCUUUUGGGAUACAGUGUAAGAUUGUUAAGAGUUCUCGCAGGCACGCUCACGAGCAGUGGGCAACGUUAAGGCAUCGCUAUGUCAAUGUUUUUGUAAGACUGGAAGAGGGUGAAAGUCCAGGAUUGAUUGAUUAUACAAAAAAUCCUAAUGGUUGGGAGCAAAUGGAAGAAUACUAUCAGUAUUUAAGGGGCCGGACUAUUAAGUAUUCGAUAUGA